UUUGGUUUUGAAAACUCAAUGGAAAAGUUAGCGAUGAAGCAAUAUGCACAAAAUAUUGCUAAGGGUAAAGAAAUUAUCGAAUAUUUCAUAAAUCAAUUGAAAGAAGAAGGUAUUACUUAUGUUGCUCCUUGGGACGAUCCACAGAAAAGAUCUUCUGAAGAAGAAAAGGAACAUCAUGAUGGACGAGCACUUCAGACAUCAAGAGCACAUAUACACACUCACACGAAAAAUGUGGACGAAAAUAGUGAGUUAUAUAGCGAGAAAGAAUUAUGUAAUACCGACAACAAACUGCCCAGCAACAGAGAAAUGCAACUGUCGUCGGAUUAUAUAGAGAGAUACUUAGGAAAACUAGAUAUGCUUCAGGAAAGCAAAUUAGUGCAGCUUAGACAUAGCAUUGAAGAAUUAAGGGGUAGUUCCGUACCAGGUUAUGCAACGCUUCUACGGUUCUUGAGGGCCACAGAAUUCUCUGUUGAAAAGGCUAGAGAAAUGUUAACACAAUCCUUACAUUGGAGAAAGAAGCAUCAGAUCGAUAAACUUCUAGACGAAUAUGAAAUGCCACAAGUGAUUAAAGAUUACUUUCCUGGUGGCUGGCAUCACUUUGAUAAAGACGGACGACCUUUAUAUAUCUUAAGGCUGGGUCAGAUGGAUGUUAAAGGUCUACUUAAAUCUAUUGGGGAAGAUGAAUUAUUAUUAUUAGCUUUACAUAUCUGUGAAGAAGGUCUGCAUUUGAUGGAAGAAGCUACUACUGUUUGGGAUCAUCCGGUCUCCCAAUGGACACUAUUAAUAGAUUUAGAAGGUUUAAAUAUGCGACAUCUAUGGAGACCUGGAAUAAAAGCAUUAUUGAGAAUAAUAGAAAUAGUUGAAGCAAAUUAUCCAGAAACAAUGGGAAGAGUUCUAAUCAUGCGUGCUCCCAGAUGUUUUCCUAUUUUGUGGACACUUAUCAGCACUUUUAUAAAUGAAAAUACUAGGAAAAAGUUUAUUUUUUAUUGUGGUACAGACUACCAAGAACAGGGACCCGGUGGUCUUAAUGAAUACAUUAAUCAAGAAUUUAUUCCUGAUUUCCUCGGUGGUUCCUCAGAGACAUACGUAAUGGAAGGUGGAGUAGUACCGAAAAACUUAUAUAAAGUGGAUUUGGAGGGUACCACCGGUGAACAUGAGCACAGUCUGUAUCACUCUAUUAGCUUGAGUCGUGGUCAAACUCAUCAUGUGUUCAUAGAAUCGGAUGAUCCGGGUGCUGUCCUGACGUGGGAUUUCGAUGUAAUGCGUCAUAAUGUAAUAUUUACAGUGCUUCACAAAUCUCGAAACAGUGAAAACGGUGCUAUUUCAGAACUUCCAGAGCUCGCAAUAGGGGGUGAUCAUGAAAUCGUUGCUGCAAAAGAAUUGAAAGAUAAUUACAUUAAAGUCGAACAUAGCAUAAUUUGUCAUGAUGGUGAAAGCAUCCAAGGUACUCAUAUCAUGCAGGAUACAGGUACUUAUGUAUUACAAUGGCAAAAUCAAGAAGAUCAAGUCGAAUUUCUUCCAUCCAUUAGCUCUCAUAAGGCUCAACUUAUGUAUUUUUAUGAAACAUUACCAGCUGCACAUUACAGAGGUUCAAUGAUGAGUUUACAGUCAGCCAUAAGCGGAAGGUCAGAAGCUAGUUCAUCUUUAUCCAGAUGAAAAGCAAUGAAUACGAACGUUGAAACGCAGGAAACAUGAAAAAACAAAUUUCAUUCGUAAUAUUUUAGUAAUAUGUUAUAAAAACACGAAUCUCAUUUAUGUUUAACGAAGCUAAAAUACAAUUCAUAUUUUAGUCUGAUAUUUUAAUUUUGUUGACACGGUAAAGCUUCUCUCUUUAUUCAUAAACAAUUUAAUAUU